AUGGCAAGAGGGGAUGCUGCAGUGCAUGUUUUAGAGAGCGGUCCACUGGGUAUUGAGGGCCAGGCCUGUCUAGAGUUCUGGUACCUUGUCCCAGUUGCAGCUAAUGGGUCUGAACUUCGUGUUCUGCUUAAAAGCAGCAUUGGUUCGGUAGAAAUCUGGACCUCUCCCGCUCUCCCCCAGAAUGCAUGGAGGCAAGUGUUUGUGCUCCUGAAUAUCACAGAACGUGGGACUCAGGUUGUGUUUGAAGCAGUUCAAGGAUUGUCCAUAGAGAAACAGAUCACAUUUAAACAGAUAGGUGUAAGAAGAGGCUCCUGUGGACAACAGUGUGAAUCAAACACAGAGUUAUGGACAGAUGAGACCACCCGCUGCCUCUGUUCUGCUGGACAGCUCUCCUGCUUUCCCUCUCAGUGCCCUGAAGGCCAACUCUGUGGUCCUCAAAGAGGAGGCCCUGAUGGGACCUCCACCUUUGGGAUGUGCACUAUACACAGUCACACAGAUGGCAGCACUUUUGAUGGAGUAUUGUUCCGCUUCAUGGCCACGUGCACUUAUGUCCUGGCUAAGACCUGCUCACCCACUGAAGCUCUGCCCAUGUUCAGUGUGGAAGCGGUCAGUGAGCAGAAUGAUAACGCAUCUCUGCUAAAUGUCCAGAAAAUCAAUAUUGACAUCGGGAUCAACAGGGUGUCUCUGCUGAAAAGCCAGACAGGCCGAGUUGUGGUUAAUGGGGUCUGGAGGAAGCUUCCACUGACCCUUAGCAGCGGCACUGUCAAUAUCAAGAGCAACCCUGCUACUAUUGUACUGGAUAGCACCUUUGGUCUUACAGUCUCAUUUGACAAGGCUGGUGCAGUCCAUGUCACCCUGCCAUCGACCUACUCCGAUAAAGUCUGUGGCAUGUGUGGCAACUUUAACCACCUCAAAGAAGAUGACUUUCACAACCCCAAUGCACAAAAUGUAACAGCUUUGGCUGAAAGCUGGCAGACCGGGAAAACUGCCUCCUCCUGCGAAGCCAUUCUAUUGCCUCAUCAGUGCGACCCACUGGAGAAGGCAGAGUAUGCCAGUGAGCUAUACUGUGGAGGCCUGUUCUCUACUACUGGUCCAUUUGCUGACUGUUUAUCAGUUGUACAGGCAGAGAGCUACUUCAGAAGCUGUGUGUUUGGCAUGUGUUCCACUCAUGGUGACCCAGCCGUUCUAUCCCUUCAGUGUGGUGAGAACAGCCACUAUAACUCAUGCGCUGAUGGCUGUCCCAAGGUGUGCUCCACUCUGGAUAUAGCUGGCUCCUGUGGAAGCUGUGAGGCAAGAUGCGAGUGUGAUUCUGGUUUCAAGCUCAGUGGGGAAAAGUGUGUCCCAGAAGAAGACUGCGGGUGCUGGUAUAAUGGAAAACACUAUGAGAAAGGAGAGACACUGGUGGAAGGACAUUGUGUGCAACAGUGCCAGUGCAUGGGUAAUAAUAAUAUGCAGUGCACUAAAAUGCAGUGUGGAAACAAUGAGGUUUGUAAGGUUAAAGAUGGGGUCAAAGCCUGCUUCUCAUUCAAAUCUGCCACCUGCAGUGUGUAUGGUGAUCCGCAUUACAUCACUUAUGACAGGCUGGCAUAUGACUUUCAAGGGGGCUGUAGUUACAUAUUAACUACCACAUGCAGUGGAGAAAGUUCAGUCCAGUUCACAGUAUUUGGACACAACAUGCAUCCUCCCCUUCAGAACUUCACCCAGUCCAAGCUUGAGGCAGUGGCUCUCCAGGUGGAGGAUCUGCAUAUCAUCCUGAAUCAAAGUGGAAAGGUCUAUGUGAAGUAUAACCAUGUCCAACUCCCAUAUUCAACCAGUGGAACAUAUGGCUCAGUAUGGGUAUACGUGAAGAAUAAUUAUAUCAUCUUGGAGACAACUUUUGGCCUCAGAAUGCAGAUAGAUGGAAAGAAUAGGCUGUUUCUGCAGGUGGAUGAGCACUACAAAUAUGAACUGUGUGGACUGUGUGGCACCUAUUCUGGGUACCAGGAUGAUGACUUUGUAACGCCAGAAGGCGAAAACCUGUCAGAAGCAUUUGAGUUUGGUGACAGCUGGAGGGUGCCAAACAAUUCUGGGUGUAUUGCCCACCCAAAUGAUCCAAGACUCUGUGAUACGGAUGAGAUGGACAAGGCCUCCAAUGAGUGUUCAGCAUUGUUUGGAGAUGCUUUCAUUCCCUGCCAUGAACACAUUCACCCAAGCAUCUACCUCAAUAGUUGUGUAUACGACUACUGUGCUACAAGUGGUGACCAACACACACUCUGUGAAUCUUUGCAGUCCUAUGCCACAGCAUGUCAGGUUGCAGGAAUUGAACUUCCAAACUGGCAAACUGGCACAGUCUGUGAUGGCCACUACAUGUAUAUUGAGGCCAGCAGUGUGAAAUAUGGAGACCCAGCUCGUCUCAUCAGCUCUGUGUGCUCUGACCCUGGUCCUCAGUGUCUGCAGUUCUGGUACCAUAUGUAUGGCUCAGCAGAUACAAUGGGCCUACACAUUUACCUUCUCCGAAAUGGAACAGCCAAUCAGAUCUGGAGAAAGAGGAAUGAUCAAGGAAAUAUGUGGCACCUCGCUCAGGUGGACAUUGAAGCAACCACAGCUUUUCAGAUCAUCAUUGAGGGGCGCAGAGGGUCCAAUGAUCAGUCAGAUGUGGCCAUAGAUGAUGUGAAACUUAUUCAUGGUCCGUGCUCAGCUCCCCCAAGUGUCCCUGUGCAAACCACUGCAGCUCCACAGCCUCCUAUUGUCAAUGCUUACUUCCAACCACCAAUUACAAAUAUCACUGUGGCUCCCACCGUGGAAGAAACAACCAACUUAAUUAACAAGGACAAUCUUACUGAAGCUCCAGAUAACAGACCACCCCUGCACCCAGCAUGCCAACUCCUCUGUAACUUUGAGCAAGACUUAUGUCAGUGGAAUCAGAUGCCUACUGAUGCUUUUGAUUGGACAAGGCAGAGUGGCUCCACCCCUACUAUGAAUACUGGACCUUCCUCAGAUCACACCACAGGAGAUGGCCACUAUCUUUACAUCGAAGCCAACAGUGCUUCAUAUGGAGACACGGCUCGUUUCAUCAGCUCUGUGUGCUCUGACCCUGGUCCUCAGUGUCUGCAGUUCUGGUACCAUAUGUAUGGCUCAGCAGAUACAAUGGGCCUACACAUUUACCUUCUCCGAAACGGAACAGCCAAUCAGAUCUGGAAGAAGAGGAAUGACCAGGGAAAUAUGUGGCACCUGGCUCAGGUGGACAUUGAAGCAACCACAGCUUUUCAGAUCAUCAUUGAGGGGCGCAGAGGAUCCAAUGAUCAGUCAGAUGUGGCCAUAGAUGAUAUAAAUCUUAUUCGUGGUCACUGCUCAGCUCCCCCAAGUGUCCCUGUGCAAACCACUGCAGCUCCACAGCCUCCUAUUGUCAAUGCUUACUUCCAACCACCAAUAACAAAUAUCACUGUGGCUCCCACCGUGGAAGAAACAACCAACUUAAUUAACAAGGACAAUCUUACUGAAGCUCCAGAUAACAGACCACCCCUGCACCCAGCAUGCCAACUCCUCUGUAACUUUGAGCAAGACUUAUGUCAGUGGAAUCAGAUGCCUACUGAUGCUUUUGAUUGGACAAGGCAGAGGGGCUCCACCCCUACUAUGAAUACUGGACCUUCCUCAGAUCACACCACAGGAGAUGGCCACUAUCUUUACAUCGAAGCCAACAGUGCUUCAUAUGGAGACACGGCUCGUUUCAUCAGCUCUGUUUGCUCUGACCCUGGUCCUCAGUGUCUGCAGUUCUGGUACCAUAUGUAUGGCUCAGCAGAUACAAUGGGCCUACACAUUUACCUGCUCCAAAACAGAACAGCCAAUCAGAUCUGGAAGAAGAGGAAUGACCAAGGAAAUAUGUGGCACCUGGCUCAGGUGGACAUUGAAGCAACCACAGCUUUUCAGAUCAUCAUUGAGGGGCGCAGAGGAUCCAAUGAUCAGUCAGAUGUAGCCAUAGAUGAUAUAAAUCUUAUUCGUGGUCACUGCUCAGCUCCCCCAAGUGUCCCUGUGCAAACCACUGCAGCUCCACAGCCUCCUAUUGUACAUACAUCCUUUCAGCCACCAAUAACAAAUAUCACUGUGGCUCCCACCGUGGAAGAAACAACCAACUUAAUUAACAAGGACAAUCUUAAUGAAGCUCCAGAUAACAGACCACCCCUGCACCCAGCAUGCCAACUCCUCUGUAACUUUGAGCAAGACUUAUGUCAGUGGAAUCAGAUGCCUACUGAUGCUUUUGAUUGGACAAGGCAGAGUGGCUCCACGCCUACUAUGAAUACUGGACCUUCCUCAGAUCACACCACAGGAGAUGGCCACUAUCUUUACAUCGAAGCCAACAGUGCUUCAUAUGGAGACACGGCUCGUUUCAUCAGCUCUGUGUGCUCUGACCCUGGUCCUCAGUGUCUGCAGUUCUGGUACCAUAUGUAUGGCUCAGCAGAUACAAUGGGCCUACACAUUUACCUGCUCCAAAACAGAACAGCCAAUCAGAUCUGGAAGAAGAGGAAUGACCAAGGAAAUAUGUGGCACCUGGCUCAGGUGGACAUUGAAGCAACCACAGCUUUUCAGAUCAUCAUUGAGGGGCGCAGAGGAUCCAAUGAUCAGUCAGAUGUAGCCAUAGAUGAUAUAAAUCUUAUUCGUGGUCACUGCUCAGCUCCCCCAAGUGUCCCUGUGCAAACCACUGCAGCUCCACAGCCUCCUAUUGUACAUACAUCCUUUCAGCCACCAAUAACAAAUAUCACUGUGGCUCCCACCGUGGAAGAAACAACCAACUUAAUUAACAAGGACAAUCUUACUGAAGCUCCAGAUAACAGACCACCCCUGCACCCAGCAUGCCAACUCCUCUGUAACUUUGAGCAAGACUUAUGUCAGUGGAAUCAGAUGCCUACUGAUGCUUUUGAUUGGACAAGGCAGAGUGGCUCCACGCCUACUAUGAAUACUGGACCUUCCUCAGAUCACACCACAGGAGAUGGCCACUAUCUUUACAUCGAAGCCAACAGCGCUUCAUAUGGAGACACGGCUCGUUUCAUCAGCUCUGUGUGCUCUGACCCUGGUCCUCAGUGUCUGCAGUUCUGGUACCAUAUGUAUGGCUCAGCAGAUACAAUGGGCCUACACAUUUACCUUCUCCGAAACGGAACAGCCAAUCAGAUCUGGAAGAAGAGGAAUGACCAGGGAAAUAUGUGGCACCUGGCUCAGGUGGACAUUGAAGCAACCACAGCUUUUCAGAUCAUCAUUGAGGGGCGCAGAGGAUCCAAUGAUCAGUCAGAUGUGGCCAUAGAUGAUAUAAAUCUUAUUCGUGGUCACUGCUCAGCUCCCCCAAGUGUCCCUGUGCAAACCAGUGCAGCUCCACAGCCUCCUAUUGUCAAUGCUUCCUUCCAACCACCAAUUACAAAUAUCACUGUGGCUCCCACCGUGGAAGAAACAACCAACUUAAUUAACAAGUACAAUCUUACUGAAGCUCCAGAUAACAGACCACCCCUGCACCCAGCAUGCCAACUCCUCUGUAACUUUGAGCAAGACUUAUGUCAGUGGAAUCAGAUGCCUACUGAUGCUUUUGAUUGGACAAGGCAGAGGGGCUCCACCCCUACUAUGAAUACUGGACCUUCCUCAGAUCACACCACAGAAGAUGGCCACUAUCUUUACAUCGAAGCCAACAGCGCUUCAUAUGGAGACACGGCUCGUUUCAUCAGCUCUGUGUGCUCUGACCCUGGUCCUCAGUGUCUGCAGUUCUGGUACCAUAUGUAUGGCUCAGCAGAUACAAUGGGCCUACACAUUUACCUGCUCCAGAACAGAACAGCCAAUCAGAUCUGGAAGAAGAGGAAUGACCAGGGAAAUAUGUGGCACCUGGCUCAGGUGGACAUUGAAGCAACCACAGCUUUUCAGAUCAUCAUUGAGGGGCGCAGAGGAUCCAAUGAUCAGUCAGAUGUGGCCAUAGAUGAUAUAAAUCUUAUUCGUGGUCACUGCUCAGCUCCCCCAAGUGUCCCUGUGCAAACCACUGCAGCUCCACAGCCUCCUAUUGUACAUACAUCCUUUCAGCCACCAAUAACAAAUAUCACUGUGGCUCCCACCGUGGAAGAAACAACCAACUUAAUUAACAAGGACAAUCUUAAUGAAGCUCCAGAUAACAGACCACCCCUGCACCCAGCAUGCCAACUCCUCUGUAACUUUGAGCAAGACUUAUGUCAGUGGAAUCAGAUGCCUACUGAUGCUUUUGAUUGGACAAGGCAGAGUGGCUCCACCCCUACUAUGAAUACUGGACCUUCCUCAGAUCACACCACAGGAGAUGGCCACUAUCUUUACAUCGAAGCCAACAGCGCUUCAUAUGGAGACACGGCUCGUUUCAUCAGCUCUGUGUGCUCUGACCCUGGUCCUCAGUGUCUGCAGUUCUGGUACCAUAUGUAUGGCUCAGCAGAUACAAUGGGCCUACACAUUUACCUGCUCCGAAACAGAACAGCCAAUCAGAUCUGGAAGAAGAGGAAUGACCAGGGAAAUAUGUGGCACCUGGCUCAGGUGGACAUUGAAGCAACCACAGCUUUUCAGAUCAUCAUUGAGGGGCGCAGAGGAUCCAAUGAUCAGUCAGAUGUGGCCAUAGAUGAUAUAAAUCUUAUUCGUGGUCACUGCUCAGCUCCCCCAAGUGUCCCUGUGCAAACCACUGCAGCUCCACAGCCUCCUAUUGUCAAUGCUUACUUCCAACCACCAAUAACAAAUAUCACUGUGGCUCCCACCGUGGAAGAAACAACCAACUUAAUUAACAAGGACAAUCUUAAUGAAGCUCCAGAUAACAGACCACCCCUGCACCCAGCAUGCCAACUCCUCUGUAACUUUGAGCAAGACUUAUGUCAGUGGAAUCAGAUGCCUACUGAUGCUUUUGAUUGGACAAGGCAGAGGGGCUCCACCCCUACUAUGAAUACUGGACCUUCCUCAGAUCACACCACAGGAGAUGGCCACUAUCUUUACAUCGAAGCCAACAGCGCUUCAUAUGGAGACACGGCUCGUUUCAUCAGCUCUGUGUGCUCUGACCCUGGUCCUCAGUGUCUGCAGUUCUGGUACCAUAUGUAUGGCUCAGCAGAUACAAUGGGCCUACACAUUUACCUUCUCCGAAACGGAACAGCCAAUCAGAUCUGGAAGAAGAGGAAUGACCAGGGAAAUAUGUGGCACCUGGCUCAGGUGGACAUUGAAGCAACCACAGCUUUUCAGAUCAUCAUUGAGGGGCGCAGAGGAUCCAAUGAUCAGUCAGAUGUGGCCAUAGAUGAUAUAAAUCUUAUUCGUGGUCACUGCUCAGCUCCCCCAAGUGUCCCUGUGCAAACCACUGCAGCUCCACAGCCUCCUAUUGUACAUACAUCCUUUCAGCCACCAAUAACAAAUAUCACUGUGGCUCCCACCGUGGAAGAAACAACCAACUUAAUUAACAAGGACAAUCUUAAUGAAGCUCCAGAUAACAGACCACCCCUGCACCCAGCAUGCCAACUCCUCUGUAACUUUGAGCAAGACUUAUGUCAGUGGAAUCAGAUGCCUACUGAUGCUUUUGAUUGGACAAGGCAGAGUGGCUCCACCCCUACUAUGAAUACUGGACCUUCCUCAGAUCACACCACAGGAGAUGGCCACUAUCUUUACAUCGAAGCCAACAGCGCUUCAUAUGGAGACACGGCUCGUUUCAUCAGCUCUGUGUGCUCUGACCCUGGUCCUCAGUGUCUGCAGUUCUGGUACCAUAUGUAUGGCUCAGCAGAUACAAUGGGCCUACACAUUUACCUUCUCCGAAACAGAACAGCCAAUCAGAUCUGGAAGAAGAGGAAUGACCAGGGAAAUAUGUGGCACCUGGCUCAGGUGGACAUUGAAGCAACCACAGCUUUUCAGAUCAUCAUUGAGGGGCGCAGAGGAUCCAAUGAUCAGUCAGAUGUGGCCAUAGAUGAUAUAAAUCUUAUUCGUGGUCACUGCUCAGCUCCCCCAAGUGUCCCUGUGCAAACCAGUGCAGCUCCACAGCCUCCUAUUGUCAAUGCUUCCUUCCAACCACCAAUUACAAAUAUCACUGUGGCUCCCACCGUGGAAGAAACAACCAACUUAAUUAACAAGGACAAUCUUACUGAAGCUCCAGAUAACAGACCACCCCUGCACCCAGCAUGCCAACUCCUCUGUAACUUUGAGCAAGACUUAUGUCAGUGGAAUCAGAUGCCUACUGAUGCUUUUGAUUGGACAAGGCAGAGUGGCUCCACCCCUACUAUGAAUACUGGACCUUCCUCAGAUCACACCACAGAAGAUGGCCACUAUCUUUACAUCGAAGCCAACAGCGCUUCAUAUGGAGACACGGCUCGUUUCAUCAGCUCUGUGUGCUCUGACCCUGGUCCUCAGUGUCUGCAGUUCUGGUACCAUAUGUAUGGCUCAGCAGAUACAAUGGGCCUACACAUUUACCUGCUCCGAAACGGAACAGCCAAUCAGAUCUGGAAGAAGAGGAAUGACCAGGGAAAUAUGUGGCACCUGGCUCAGGUGGACAUUGAAGCAACCACAGCUUUUCAGAUCAUCAUUGAGGGGCGCAGAGGAUCCAAUGAUCAGUCAGAUGUGGCCAUAGAUGAUAUAAAUCUUAUUCGUGGUCACUGCUCAGCUCCCCCAAGUGUCCCUGUGCAAACCACUGCAGCUCCACAGCCUCCUAUUGUCAAUGCUUACUUCCAACCACCAAUAACAAAUAUCACUGUGGCUCCCACCGUGGAAGAAACAACCAACUUAAUUAACAAGGACAAUCUUAAUGAAGCUCCAGAUAACAGACCACCCCUGCACCCAGCAUGCCAACUCCUCUGUAACUUUGAGCAAGACUUAUGUCAGUGGAAUCAGAUGCCUACUGAUGCUUUUGAUUGGACAAGGCAGAGGGGCUCCACCCCUACUAUGAAUACUGGACCUUCCUCAGAUCACACCACAGGAGAUGGCCACUAUCUUUACAUCGAAGCCAACAGCGCUUCAUAUGGAGACACGGCUCGUUUCAUCAGCUCUGUGUGCUCUGACCCUGGUCCUCAGUGUCUGCAGUUCUGGUACCAUAUGUAUGGCUCAGCAGAUACAAUGGGCCUACACAUUUACCUUCUCCGAAACGGAACAGCCAAUCAGAUCUGGAAGAAGAGGAAUGACCAGGGAAAUAUGUGGCACCUGGCUCAGGUGGACAUUGAAGCAACCACAGCUUUUCAGAUCAUCAUUGAGGGGCGCAGAGGAUCCAAUGAUCAGUCAGAUGUGGCCAUAGAUGAUAUAAAUCUUAUUCGUGGUCACUGCUCAGCUCCCCCAAGUGUCCCUGUGCAAACCACUGCAGCUUCACAGCCUCCUAUUGUACAUACAUCCUUUCAGCCACCAAUAACAAAUAUCACUGUGGCUCCCACCGUGGAAGAAACAACCAACUUAAUUAGCAAGGACAAUCUUACUGAAGCUUCAGAUAACAGACCACCCCUGCACCCAGUAUGCCAGCUCCUCUGUAACUUUGAGCAAGACUUAUGUCAGUGGAAUCAGAUGCCUACUGAUGCUUUUGAUUGGACAAGGCAGAGUGGCUCCACGCCUACUAUGAAUACUGGACCUUCCUCAGAUCACACCACAGGAGAUGGCCACUAUCUUUACAUCGAAGCCAACAGCGCUUCAUAUGGAGACACGGCUCGUUUCAUCAGCUCUGUGUGCUCUGACCCUGGUCCUCAGUGUCUGCAGUUCUGGUACCAUAUGUAUGGCUCAGCAGAUACAAUGGGCCUACACAUUUACCUGAUCCAAAACAGAACAGCCAAUCAGAUCUGGAAGAAGAGGAAUGACCAAGGAAAUAUGUGGCACCUGGCUCAGGUGGACAUUGAAGCAAUAGAAGAAUUCCAGAUCAUAUUUGAAGGGCGACGAGGUUCCAAUGAUCAAUCUGAUGUGGCAAUAGAUGAUGUAAUGCUUCAUCGUGGGCAGUGUGCAGCACUGUCCUGCCCACAAAAUAGUCACUACGCCACUUGUGUCCCCGCAUGUAGUCCAACCUGUUUAUACUUGAAUGGCCCACCGCACUGCAGUAACAAUGAGGCUUGUGUUCCUGGAUGUGUAUGUGAUGAUGGAUUUGUGCUGAAAAGUCAGGUUUGCGUGCCUCUGCAACAAUGUGGCUGUGUGGACAGGAAUGGCACCAAACAUCAAUUCAAUGAAAAGUGGUACACUGAUCAUUGCAGUGAGCAAUGUGAAUGUGAGGAGGAUGAUGGAAUAGGGAAAAUUGACUGUGAUGACAAAGAUAAGUGUGGUGGAAAUGCUGUCUGCCUUCAAAAUGAAAAUGGCAAUUAUUACUGCCAGUCUACAGGCUUCGAUGAGUGCACUAUCAAAGGGGAGUAUAGAACAUUUGAUAAAAUGAAGCAUGAUUUUGAGGGUGAACACUCCUAUGUGCUGGUCAGGACCAGCAACUUGCCAAAUAACCUUCCAGACAUCUACAUUGAAGGCAUCAACACACCUGCCUUAGGUGAUCGUGAUGGUCAGCAUGAAAGUGAAAGUAGCAUUGAAGAAGAUCAGAGUAGCAGAGUCGGGGAAGAUGAUGAAGAAGAUGAAGAUGAAGAUGAUGACAACAGCAAAAAACAAAACAAACACCAUAGAUUACAAGAGCUUAAGAUCAGAGUGUACAAUCACACUGUGGAGUUCAAGAAGAAUCGGAACCUGAUCGUGGAUGGAAAGAGAACUGACACACCCAUCUCAGUGACUGGUGGUCUAAAAAUCUGGGAACGUUCCUCUCGAAUCUACCUACAAACUGAUUUUGGCCUGUCGGUGGAGUUUGAUAGACACAGCACAGCAGAGAUUGUUCUACCACGCAUUUAUAGAAGGAAGGUGGGAGGCCUGUGUGGAAACUUUGAUGGUCAGAAGAAGAAUGACAAGAUGAAGCCAGAUGGUACCAUGGCCAGAAGCACUCGAGAGUUUGGAGAGAGCUGGAGAGUGUGAAGGCCAGAUGAGACACUGUCCUAGAAUGUGGGCAGUGGAGGUCAUGACCACAAGUUGAAUGGAUAAAUAAGAACACAAGGUUUUAAUUAUUUAGAUUUUUCUUUAGCUCUGCUUUGCAGGUCUAUGACACUGUUUUGCUGUUGCACAAGAAGUACACAAAAAUAACUGUUAACCUACUGAAGUCACAUUUUUCAGGGACUUGGACAUG